GGUUACGAGUAUAUAAAAUGUAUAUCAUUGACAGUAGUAGUAAUAUUAUUAGGUGUAUGAAGUUCAGUUCCGAAGCCCUAAAUCGAGAAGAAAGAGCUGCGGCAACAAGGUCUCUCUCUCCUCUCAUAGACGAAGACGAGCGAGCAUACUGAAGAAGAGUAAAGAAGAGAGUUCGGAAGAAAAUGGUGUACGGAAUGCAACCCUAUGGGAUACAAUCAAUGCUAAAAGAAGGGCACAAGCACCUGUCUGGACUCGACGAGGCUGUGGUAAAAAACAUAGAUGCCUGCAAACAGCUCUCAACCAUCACCAGAACUUCUCUCGGUCCCAACGGUAUGAACAAGAUGGUUAUCAAUCAUUUGGACAAACUUUUUGUCACAAAUGAUGCUGCCACUAUUGUGAAUGAGCUCGAGGUUCAACAUCCUGCGGCCAAGAUUUUGGUUUUGGCAGGCAAGGCUCAACAAGAAGAGAUAGGCGAUGGAGCAAACUUGACAGUUUCUUUUGCUGGGGAGCUCCUUCAAAAUGCCGAGGAGCUUAUAAGGAUGGGACUGCACCCAAGUGAGAUCAUCAUAGGCUAUACGAAAGCGAUUAAUAAGACCAUUGAAAUCUUGGAUGAAUUGGUCGAGAAAGGUUCUGAAAAGAUGGAUGUGAGGAUUAAGGAGGAAGUUAUUAAACGAAUGAAAGCUGCUGUUGCUAGCAAGCAGUUUGGGCAGGAGGAUAUCUUGUGUUCUCUUAUUGCUGAUGCGUGCAUUCAAGUAUGCCCCAAGAACCCUGCAAACUUUAAUGUGGACAACGUCCGGGUUGCAAAGCUUUUAGGUGGAGGCUUGCAUAAUUGCACCAUAGUUCGAGGUAUGGUUCUAAAGACUGAUGCUGUUGGAUCCAUAAAGCGAGUGGAGAAGGCUAAGGUUGCUGUGUUCGCUGGUGGUGUUGAUACAUCUGCAACUGAAACAAAAGGAACAGUGCUUAUUCAUAGUGCUGAGCAGCUAGAAAAUUAUUCGAAAACUGAAGAAGCCAAAGUUGAGGAGCUUGUCAAAGCAGUUGCUGAGUCAGGUGCCAAGGUUAUUGUUAGUGGAGGAGCAGUUGGAGAGAUGGCACUACACUUUUGUGAGCGUUACAGGCUAAUGGUCUUAAAAAUCAGCUCGAAGUUUGAACUGCGACGAUUUUGCCGUACAACUGGUGCCGUUGCUAUUUUGAAGCUUGGCAGGCCAAACCCCGAUGAUUUGGGGUACGUUGAUUCAGUGUCCGUGGAGGAAAUUGGUGGUGUUAGGGUCACUGUUGUGAGAAAUGAAGAAGGUGGAAACUCUGUUUCAACCGUGGUUCUACGAGGAAGUACUGAUAGUAUAUUGGAUGAUCUUGAAAGAGCAGUUGAUGAUGGUGUGAAUACAUACAAGGCAAUGUGCAGGGACAGCCGUAUGGUGCCUGGAGCAGCAGCCACAGAAAUUGAGUUAGCUAGAAAACUGAAGGAGUUCUCUUUCAAGGAAACAGGAUUGGACCAGUAUGCUAUUGCAAAAUUCGCUGAGAGCUUUGAGAUGAUACCUAAAACCUUGGCUGAGAAUGCUGGUCUCAAUGCUAUGGAAAUAAUAUCUUCAUUGUAUGCGGAGCAUGCAUCUGGAAACAGCAAGGUGGGCAUAGACUUGGAGGAAGGUGUAUGCAAGGAUGUUUCUACUAUGAAUAUUUGGGACCUCCAUGUCACCAAGUUCUUUGCCCUCAAAUAUGCUGCCGAUGCUGCUUGCACUGUGCUACGGGUAGACCAGAUUAUUAUGGCAAAACCAGCCGGUGGGCCAGGGAAGAGGGAGCAGCCUGCAGGGAUGGACGAGGACUAAUUUCUGCAUGAGCUGGGCAAGUGAUUCUCUAAUGACUGUGCUCGUACCCAACAAGCUGAGUUUUUGUUGCCUUUGCAUGCCCACGACUUGGGCCUGAAAAACUUUUGCUUUGCAGUGAAGUUUUGUCCAUUUUGAUUUUGUUUCUUAGGUUACCGUUGAUGGAUGAUGUAAAAUUCCUUUCUUUUAUGGCUGCGGUGCAUAACUUGGACCAUUUGAGUUGAGAGUUGUUCCCACAUUACACUCUUUCAAAUUAAUGAUUUUCUCACUUCUUGUU